AGCACUUCCUGUUUGUGCUGCUAGCUGUUAACGAUAGAAGUUACUAAUAUACGGCGAUGUACCUUUUUAAAAUGUCUGCUUUUAACAUAUGUGUUGGAUCCAGAAUCUGAUCCAGAAGUUGAGACUGGACAGUCCGAAGUUUCUCAAGAAAAGAUGUUACUUCAAGACGUCACUCAAUGAGAUGAUGCUGGACGUCGUCCUUGCUGACAGAAAAGCAUUGAAAGUUUAGAGAGGAGGCGAGUUGAGUUCUGGCAGGCUGAGACGAUGCACACGGCGUGGAACGACCAUGGCUGUUGACGCUGCAUCCAGUUUCAGUUUUUGUCGACCAGCUGUGGAGUACAGAGCUCUGCCUGAGGACUUUAAACAACAGCUGAGUCGACGAACAGGGGGGAACCUAACAUGGCAUGAUGGCCGUGGACAGAAGGCGGCAGGGGGCAGAGGAGUGAAGCUGCUGCAGCAGCCAGGCACCGAGGCCCGCCAGUAUCGUUCCAGUGACAAUUACAGCAUAUACAACACUAGCCCGACGCAGCCGAGCUUGAUUCGACCCGUGGUCAUGUGGACGCAGCAGGAUGUUUGUAAAUGGCUGAAGAAGCACUGUCCGCACAACUAUCUAACCUACGUAGAGGCAUUUUCCCACCAUGCUAUCACAGGCCGGGCCCUGCUCCGUUUGAACGGGGACAAGCUAAAGCGGAUGGGACUCGUGCAAGAGACGCUAAGACAGGAGCUGCUGCAGCAAGUUCUUCAGCUGCAGGUUCAGGAGGAAGGACGCAACCUGCAGCUGCUCAGCAGAGGGGAAGGUCCGUAACAAUUACACCG